AUGCCAAAUGCCAGCGUCCCUCUUGACUUGUAUCAGAUGCCGGACCCUAAAAUCGCAAUGCCAAUCAGCCCUCUAGCAAUGUUUCCAGGAGGCACCUCCGACGUGUUCGUUGCUGAGCUAAUGCCCGACGCCGACGAGACGAUGCGCCGCUACAGGCAGAAGAUCAGUUUGUUAACUUGUGGGCUCCUUUGUCUGCUCGUUUUGUGCCCCUUCCUUCCGCUCCUCUUCCAGGUCGCUGUCUUCUCAGGGCGUCUUGGCAUUUGUGAGAGUUCACGCCUAGAAGCCUUGGAGCUGCCCUGGCAAGAGCACAGCUUGUCCCACCCUCUUCUACACGUCGCUACUACAUUCACUACAUAUCACCCCUGCUAA